UAUAUAGAGAGCCAGCAAAGAGUGGGGUAGAAGAAAGAAAAGAAAAAAAAAACGGCUUUCUUGUAAUAUUGUUUACAACUGCUAUCCUAAUUAACUAGUUAACCAAACCCUUCACCACAAUAACUGCUCUCUGGCAAUUUUGUCUCCUUUCUAUUUACUUUAUAAUAUUUUGAAAUCAUAACCAAUAUUAUUUUCUGGGUUUCUGCGAUUUCAAGGGUCUGAAAAACCUAGGUUUGUUUGUGUUGAAAAAUCUUUAUUUAUAUACAAUUGUUAGAGUGAAAGUUGAUUUGAAUUUUGAUCUGUAAAUCAAAAAGGUUAUAUAAACACUAGAAAUCCACAUAAGGUGUAAGAUGUGGGGUAUUUCUAGAUGUUGUGAGAAAAUUUACACGGUUGCAGAAGGGGGAUCUGGUUAUUAUUCCAAGAAGAAGGAUGAUUUAUGUAAUGAGGAAACUGGACGAGCCUUGAGCAUGUCAAGACUAAAAUGUAUUUUGCGUGGCUUGGAUCUUAAAACAUAUAUCUUUCUCUUUGUGUUGAUACCAACUUGUGUCUGGGGUAUAUACGUCCAUGGGCAGAAAAUCACCUACUUUUUACGGCCUUUAUGGGAAAAACCACCAAAACCAUUUAAUGAAAUGCCUCACUAUUAUCAUGAGAAUGUCUCAAUGGAGAAUCUCUGUAAACUUCAUGGCUGGGGAAUCCGUGAGUACCCAAGGCGUGUCUUUGAUGCUGUGUUGUUCAAUAAUGAGGUUGACAUGCUUACCAUACGGUGGAAGGAGUUAUACCCUUAUAUUACAGAGUUUGUUCUACUUGAAUCAAAUUCAACGUUCACUGGAUUGCCAAAGCCUUCUUACUUUGCUAAUCACAGAGGAGAGUUUGAAUUCGUUGAGUCAAGAUUGACAUAUGGACAAAUUCCUGGGAGAUUUAAAAGAGGAGAAAACCCUUUUGUUGAGGAGGCUUAUCAGAGGCUUGCAUUGGAUUAUCUUCUCAAACAAGCAGGUAUUCAGGAUGAUGACUUGUUGAUAAUGUCCGAUGUUGAUGAGAUACCUAGUAGACAUACCAUCAAUCUCUUGAGGUGGUGUGAUGAUGUACCUUCAGUUCUUCAUCUUCGAUUGAAGAAUUAUCUUUACUCUUUUGAGUUUCUCGUAGAUAAUGAUAGCUGGAGAGCUUCUGUGCAUCGUUACCAAUCAGGUAAGACAAGGUAUGCUCAUUACCGACAGUCGGACACCAUCUUGGCAGACGCAGGGUGGCAUUGUAGCUUUUGUUUCCGCCGCAUAAGUGAAUUUAUAUUUAAGAUGAAAGCCUACAGCCAUUUUGACAGGGUCAGAUUUUCUCAUUUUCUGAACCCUAAGAGAGUCCAAAGGGUUAUCUGUAAUGGGGAUGAUUUAUUUGAUAUGCUACCAGAGGAGUAUACAUUCAGGGAAAUCAUUGGUAAAAUGGGACCAAUUCCACACUCUUAUUCAGCUGUUCACCUACCGGCUUAUCUUUUGGAAAACGCAGACAAGUAUAAGUUUCUUUUGCCGGGUAAUUGCUUGAGAGAAAGUGGGUGAUGUAGCAGGGUUUUCUUAUAUUUUCUUUUGGUGUAUGUCGAGGACGCAGCUCGUUGUUGCUCCUUACAUAUCAAAUGACAAUCCUGUGGAAUGUCCAUGAAUUGCUAUCACCGUAGAAACUUUUGGAAUGUUUGGAUGAAUACAUCGGAUUUUGAGAAGUCAGAGGAUUUUUGUAUAUAGCUUCUUAGAUAUUGGUUUUCUAAGGACAAAUGGGGGGAGUUUGCUGUUGCAGAACUGCUAUUUGUUCGAAAUAUGUGCAUGGACUCUGUAUGUCGUGGUAUAUCAAUUCCUGAUUAUGCUCCCAGAUAACAUUUACAUUUGUGGACUUUCCUCAUGUUGGAAAAUUUCGGACCAGUACUAAUUUAUUCACAUUUCUUGUGUUCCUUAUUCUUCUGACCUUGUAUUUUUAUAUCACCAAGUGUUUAGACCAGAAAUCUGUCCCUUUGUUUAUUGAUUAGAUUGAUUUAACCAGCUUUCUAGUAUGCAUCGAGUUGUUAUUUUUAAUCUAAGAUGGUGAUUAUUUCAGCAUGUUUAUAUACACUUCCAUUCUCUUA